AUGAGUCAAUAGAAUGCAAAAAACUUAAGAGAUUUACUUAUAAAAUAAUAACUUAAUAGUAAAAUUAAAUUUAAAGGGGAACCUGUUAAUAAAAUUUAACCAAAUAGAAAAUAAUCAGGAAAUUGGGAUAAAAAAGUAGAUAUAACCUAAUGUUGUUGUAAUUAAAAGAACUGUAAUAUUUGUGUGAAGAAAAGAGUUUUUAUUAAUGCUUCACCUUUGCUUAAAGUAAAGGUUUGCACAAAAAACUAAGUGUGUGAACCUGAUAGUAAAAGAGAGUUUAAAGUAACAAGCUCAGUUUCAGCACAUCAAUCCCCUAAUCGUGAAAAACAAUAUUAGAUGCAAUAAACAUUUUUACAAAAAUAAAUUUAGAAUCAUCUACAACAACUAUAAGAAGCACGUCCUUAAACAAGAUAAAUACCUAAAGAAUAAGUCAAUAAACCAUAAUUUUAUUAGAAUAUGGAUAAUUUUUUAAAUAAUUACUAUUAAAAAAGUAAUUUAAGCAGUUCAUAGUUAUAUUAAAAUAGUUUCAGUGUUAAAUCAAAAGUAAUUCCAAAAAGAAUAGAAUCAAAGAGUCAUGUUUUAAGUAACACUUAAACUUCAUUUAAAUUAAAAUUGAAUUAAUAAGGACCUAAAUUUUCAGCUGUAUCUUAUUGAAUUUAAAUUAGAUAAUCAAUUCUGGAUUAAUUGAAUCAGCUCCAAGUUCUCCAAAUAAUCAUGAAAAUUCAUCUAAAAGCAAAAUAACUCCAAAUGAUUCAAUCACUAAAAGCAAAAAUAAUAAUUAAAAUGAUUCUAAAUUAAGUGAUAUAAGAAGAAAGUCUACAGGUGAGAUUUCAGAAAAAACUUAAGUUUUAAGUUAAAAAAUAGAUGAAAAAAUAAGUAGAAUGCAUUUUAAAUUUCUUUAUGUAAUUGGAAAAGGUGGAUUUGGAAGAGUUUGGAGAGUAGAAAUGAAAAGGAAUAAAAAAUUAUAUGCUCUAAAAGAAAUGUAGAAGGCUAAAGUAAUCUAAAAAAGAAGUGUUAAUUCAGUUUUGAAUGAAAAAUUCUUAUUAGAGAAUCUACAUCAUCCUUUUUUAGUUAAUAUGUCAUAUGCAUUUUAAGAUAGAGAAAAUUUAUUUUUGAUUAUUGAUUUAUUGACUGGUGGGGAUCUUAGAUUUCAUUUAGGAAAGAUGAGAAGAUUUAGUGAAGCAUAAACUAGUAAUGAUUUAUAUAUUAUAAUAGAAUUUUUUGUUGCUUGUAUAUUAUUAGCUUUAACUUAUUUACAUUAGAAUGGAAUUAUCCAUAGAGAUUUAAAACCUGAAAACUUGGUAUUAGAUGAAGAUGGAUAUAUGAGAUUAACAGAUUUAGGCAUAGCAAGAAUGAAUAAAGGAAAUAAUGCUGGAGAUACAUCUGGAACACCUGGAUAUAUGGCACCUGAAGUAAUGUGUAGAAUGGAUCAUUCAAUUGUUGUUGAUUAUUAUGCACUAGGAGUAAUAACAUAUGAAUUAAUGCUUGGAAGAAGACCUUAUAAUGGUAGAACUAGAUAAGAUAUCAGAGAAUAAAUAUUAGCAAAAUAAGUUUAAGUAAAAAGGGAAGAGUUACCUUUGGGAUGGAGUGAAAGUUCUCUUGAUUUUGUAAAUUAGGUAUUUAGUAUUUAAUGAUUUUGUUAGUUAAUAUUGAGGAAGCCAGAAAAAAGACUUGGUAGUAAUGGUAUUGAAGAAAUAUUACAUCAUUCUUGGCUGAGAGGGUUUCCUUGGGAUGAAUUGUUAAAAAAGAAAGUUUAAGCUUUAUAUGUUCCAGGGGUAUUUGAAGUUGAUAGAAUGUUUAGGCUGUUGAUGAUAAUUUCGAUUUUCAGAAUCAAAUUUCAGAAGAGACUUAAUUGAAUGACGAAUAGAUAUUAGAGAAUCAAGGACUUUUAAGAAGAGAUACUGUAUAAUGUAUUAAAAUUUGUAAGAUGUAGCUUUGUUUGAUGGAUAUAAUUUUGAUGUUGAAAUAAAAAACAUUUAACAUUAAUAAACAUAAAAGAAUUAUACUUAAAGAAAAUCACAACCUGUUUCUCCAGAGAAAAGAGCAUGA